AUGGCCCAAGAUCGCGAAGAGGAAUCUCCAUUUCUUACCCCGGAGAAGAACACCCGCCAUACAGCAUGCAGUCGCUCAAAGAUUCACGCCUGGGUCUGCGCCGUCGUCAUUACGAUAUUCUUGAUGAUCGCUUCGUAUGAACUCGGCAGGGCCAGGAAUGCCGCUCCUCCAUGCAUCACGACUACAGAGACAACAACAUCAGCAGCAGCAGCACCACCUGCUGCAGCUGCAGUCGCCAACUGCGGCACAACCCCCGAAGACGCCAUGGAAGCAGGAUGCAGCUUCGACGCGAUGCUCUACGCCUGGGUCCCAGCGCACUGCUUCAAUGAGACGCUAUCCCGACAAUUCCUCCGCAAGGGCGGGACGACAUGGUACAAGGACCCGGACCGCACGCGCGAGGUGCGGGUGAGUUUGGUCGAGACGGGCCGAUUCAUGGACGUGUGGGUUUCCGGGAACUAUCCUGUCGAGCGGUGUCUCUACAUCUGGGCGAAGAUUACUCAAACUCGGGAUGAGGGAGAUCCAGCUCAGGCACCGUGGUUAUCGCCGGAGAUUGCGGCGCAGUGUGCGGAGACGUUUGCGAAUUUUACGCGAGAUGGUGGCUUGGAUAAUGGAGAAAUAAGGAGUUUUGCGUUUGAUUUAGAUAUAGAGCAUGAUACAUUUCAGCAUCCCAACCCAUCUAAAGACAAACGUUCGAACGCCCUCACCAAUCAAUACAGCCUCUUAUCUCUGUCCACAAGCAGACCAUCAUACAGCUCCCACUCCUCCGGUGUAAGGAUUUCCUCGAUCAGCCGCUUUUUCUCCGCUGCCGAAAGCGACUUUCCGAAUGGCCGGAAGCUCUCUGAAGAGAGGUGGAUGCGCGUCGAAGAGGAGGGGCUCGUGGGGAUGGGUGCCCCCAAGACGCUUUGGAAGAACAAGAGCAGAAAGAGCAGGGAGGGUAUCAUCGUGCUGGUGACUGACGACUGGGAGAAGAUGGAGUCGAGGCAAGAGGAGUAUAGACAGACAGGAGGUGUUGAGAGAAGAUGA